AUGAGCGCUUCAGUUAAGUUGAGUGACUCCGAACGACUUGCAGUCAACUACGUCGUGACCAAAAACUACAUGGUCCAACAACAAGCUUUACUCAUCGCUUUGUUGAACCAGAACUAUACCAUCACAUUAAAAAUGCCUCGGAAGAGAUCCGAAAAGACUGAAAACCUGAUGAGAAUCUUAAUGGUCAGUGAUGGUAUCCAAGAGCUGGAAUUCACAAACGUGGUCGAGAAAAUCUGUCGUACAAAAAUGGCUUUUGAUCGGUCAAAAGGUGUCUCUGAAAAAACGUCUUACAGAAGAUUCACUUAUAAUAAAGUUAUCGAAGCACACCACCUUUUGAUGGACUUGGUUGGCUUAGAUGGCAUUUUGUUUGAUAGUUAUUAUUCUUCUGGUAAAAACCAAAGCAACAGAACCGAGACUAUCAUUGGUAUACUAAGAAGUGUUGGACAAAUUUGGUUCAACGAGUCAGAUAUUUCCAUUUUGGGAACAAGAAUUAGUGAGUGGUUGUAUUCACAAUUGGAAACGCAGGAAACUUUAGUACUACAAAAAGAAGAUAUGCACAUCUGCAGUCUUUUGUCCAAAUAA